UACAGUUUCCCCAAUGUACCUGAUAUCUAUGCUUUGACAGUGUUUAACAGAACAGCACAAGACGUUAGCAGAUUUGAGUCUCAAAGGGGCAAACCCCCGUUUACUCCUAUUUGGAUACUGAAAAUCACAUGGGAUCAUGUUUUACCGGUAUCCUAUCAAAAGAUCAACUUGUCUGAGACCAACACUUUCCAGUGCAUUUUGACCACAGAUGGAUUACGUUCAUUUGCUCUGCUUCGCUACAGUGACAUGAACUGGGGUCCAGGACAAAGAACCCAUCAUGAUGCUCUUAUAGGCUACACAGAUGGCAAAAACAACUUCCAUAAUGAGAUUCCAAAUCCGCCAAACAACUUGUUCAACUCUGGAGGGCGAUAUCGUCCUCAAACUGUGACAGGUAACACAGGCGAAUUGGGGAAGCUGGUGUAUGACUUAACAGGAUCUGAUAAAACCAGUUCAGAUCCACAGAGGCAAUGCCAUAUAUGGGCCUUCAGUGAGCCAGAUCCCAAAGAAUGGGCAUUAGGACUGGCAACAUGUCCCUGUACUCGUGUACAGGCACAAGAAGAUCUGGCCUUUGGCCCUGAGACUCUACCAUCAGAACAGACUGCACAAGUGAGGGACCUGAGAAGUAUGAGAUGGGGUGGCAAAAGGGGCCGUGUUGUUCAGUCCAUCCUCUUUAACAAACAAAGAGCAGGAAAGAGAUGCCUGUAUGAUCCAGAGGGACCCCUGCUGGCUGGAUACAGUGAAAGGUUCUUUACUGAAGACAAGACACAACAACAUAUAGGUAAAGUGAUUCCAAAGCUUCAGGGAGUAAUGGAAUACAACUAA